ACGUGGUGCGUGGUAAACCUCCCAACAUUAUUUUAUUUUAUUAUUAUUUUUAUUAUUUUCAUUUCCAUUGCUUAUAAUAGCAAAUACAGUAUUGUUAUGGAACCAAACGUUUAACUCUCUCUUCACGUGUCAUUCAAUGUAAUGUUUCAUUUUUUUUAAAGAAAUUACUAGUCUUUCCCAUCAACGUUACUUACAGCAUAAGUGAUGUUUUAAAUAUUACUUUUAAUUUGGACAUGAAUCUCCUUGGUGAUUCACGUAAACGACGUCCACGUGAUAAAUCCAUCUUUGUGCGGAAGGUGAGAUUUGAAGGUCACAUCAACACCAAAGAUGCCUGCUGGUUACCUUUUGGCAAAGGAGGAGAAAUACAGGCUGCUAAAUGCAAAACUGGAAGCUAAAACAGCAACUCUAGCAAUGCAAGAAGAUCAACUUAAGAAAGAACGGGAUGAGUUUCUUUCGAAAACUUCAGCUACACCCCCACUCAAGGAUAUGGAGGAUGAAAAAGCAGCAAGUAAAGCCAAGGAUCGACUCACGCCUGUGCAAAGGCCCCGUGAGAGGGUGGACAGCAAAAGGCGGGUGAGAUCAGCAUCGCAAGGAAGAACUGAAGUUUGUGGAGAUGGUUUAGCAAGUGUAGCAGAUCCCGCAGAGUCCUUCCUGGCAAAAACCAUACGAAACAUGGAGGACAAGCUGAACUCUGAUAAUAAUGUGUUCAAUGAUGGCGACAACAAAGGCAAGGGUGCUUCAUCUGCACAAAUACAUGCUUUGGUGGCCAACAUAAAGAUCAUGCAAGAGGAAAUGGAUCAGCUUAUGAGUGAAAGACAAAAUAAGGAUGAUGAAAAUAUGAAGCUGAAUACAAAAAUCCGGCAGCUGGAGGAGGACCGAGUCAAGCUGCAGAGGACGGUCAACAUUCAGCAGACGAAGAUCGACAAGCUGAAAGCAUCCGAGAACGAGGCUGUCAUCAAAUGUGACAGCCUUCACCUGCAAGUGUCUGCUUUGCAAAAGGAAAUAGAGAAGCUGAAUAAAUCCAACAAACAAGGCGCGACCGUCCACAACACUGUGGAGAUUCGACUCAGCAGAGCACUGGAGGAGGUGGAGCGCUUAAAGUCAGAGCUUAACAAAACCAAACAGAUGAACAAGGACAAGACAAAUGAAGAACAUCAGACUUGUGAAAAUCUACUAGCAGAAAACAAACUGCUAAAAAAACAGAAAACAGAACUUAUCGUCGGACUGAAGAAACAAUUCAAGCUGAUUGAUAUUCUCAAAAGACAAAAGAUGCAUCUCGAAGCUGCCAAGCUGCUGUCAUUCACAGAGGAUGAGUUCAUGAAGGCCCUGGACUGGGGCAAGACCUAAAUACCCGUGAACUGUUUGGAAUAAUAAACUAACAUGUGAUACUGCCAA